GGAGGACUGACUCCGGGGGCGUCGCCGCGCUGGGGCUCGGUGCCCCGAGGACGGAGCCGUGGCUAGGUGUCGGAAGGGCGGCUGUGCUGCCUGCCGGGCGCUGGAGCCCAGGCCGGCGGGACCCGAGGCCGCCCCGACUCUGCCCAACCCUGCUGGCCGCUGCCCUCCGGCUCCGCGCCCGGCUCCGCAGGCCACGGUGACCGGCUGCGCGCGCCCAGGGAUGGAGGAAGAUUGAAUCCCUCUCUAGAACUUGUGAAUGUUUCUUACCAGCGGGAGCGUUCCCUGUACAGCGAAGCCAAUGGCUUAACUUCGGGGAGCGCUGGGGCAGUUGUUUCUGCUAUGCUUGGUGGAACUUGAGUUUGGAGGACACAGGGCUUUCUGUGAUGACAACAUGACUCACAGCAAAGGAAGAUCUGUCACCUGCAAGACGAGUGGCAGCCCCGAUAGUGGAGGAGGUUUUGUCAAUUGGACUUUAAAUCUAAACACCAUUCAGUCUGACAAGUUUUUGAACUUACUUCUAAGCAUGGUGCCCGUCAUCUACCAGAAGAACCAGGAUGACAGGCAUAAGAAAGCGAAUGGCCUUUGGCAGGACGGGCUGUCGGGCGGAGCACAGACCUUCAGCAAGAGGUCAGAGCCACAUCUGGACUACCACGAGUUCUCGGAGCAGGCCUUCCAUGGCAGUGGCGGUGGGCAUGCGCCAGCCAGCUGCAGCCCCAAGUACGACGACUACGCCAGCUAUAGCUACUGCGAUGGAAGGGAGGCUUCGGAAACCACCGCCAUGCUGCAGGACGAAGAUCUGUCCAGUGAGGGCGAUGAUGUUAUUGUGGAAACAAACCGGAAGCUCCCGAAGGAGUCCAGCGGCGUCAUGGCUCUGCAGAUUCUCGUGCCGUUUCUGCUGGCCGGGUUUGGAACAGUUUCUGCCGGCAUGGUUUUGGACAUAGUACAGCACUGGGAGGUGUUCAGGAACGUGACAGAAGUGUUCAUUCUAGUCCCUGCGCUGCUUGGCCUCAAAGGGAACCUGGAAAUGACCUUGGCGUCCCGACUCUCCACCGCAGUAAACGUCGGGAAGAUGGAUUCGCCCAUUGAGAAGUGGAAUCUGAUCAUUGGCAACCUGGCUUUAAAGCAGGUCCAGGCCACAGUGGUUGGAUUCUUAGCAGCUGUGGCAGCGAUCGUUCUGGGCUGGAUUCCAGAAGGGAAGUAUUACCUCAGCCAUUCCAUACUUCUGUGCUCCAGCAGCGUGGCCACCGCCUUCAUAGCAUCUCUUCUGCAGGGAAUAAUAAUGGUCGGAGUUAUCGUUGGCUCAAAGAAGACAGGCAUAAACCCUGACAACGUGGCCACACCCAUCGCUGCUAGUUUUGGCGACCUGAUAACUCUCGCCAUAUUAGCGUGGAUCAGUCAGUGUUUGUACUCCUGCCUGGAGACAUAUUAUUACAUUUCUCCUUUAGUUUGUGCCUUUUUCUUGGCUCUGACACCUAUCUGGGUUAUAAUAGCUGCCAAACACCCAGCUACCAGGACUGUGCUCCACUCUGGCUGGGAGCCCGUCAUAACAGCCAUGGUCAUAAGCAGCAUUGGGGGCCUUAUUCUGGACACAACUGUCUCCGACCCGAACUUGGUUGGGAUUGUCGUUUACACGCCAGUUAUCAACGGUAUCGGUGGCAAUUUGGUGGCCAUUCAGGCCAGCAGGAUUUCUACCUACCUCCAUUUACACAGCAUCCCUGGAGAGCUGCCCGAAGAGCCCACAGGGUGUUCCUACCCAUUUAGGACGUUCUUUGGCUCAGGUGUGAACAAUAAGUCUGCCCAAGUUCUUCUGCUCCUGGUGGUUCCCGGCCACUUGAUUUUCCUGUACACGAUUCACCUGAUGAAGAGCGGCCACACCUCUCUGACUGUCGUCUUCGUCGUUGUGUACCUCCUUGCUGCUGUGCUACAGGUGUUCACCCUGCUGUGGAUCGCAGACUGGAUGGUCCAUCGCUUCUGGAGGAAAGGGAAGGACCCGGACAGUUUCUCCAUCCCCUACCUGACGGCGCUGGGUGACCUGCUCGGGACAGCUCUGCUGGCCUUAAGUUUCCAUUUUCUCUGGCUUAUUGGAGACCGUGAUGGCGACGUGGGGGACUAACGGGUCCUCGAAGCUGUUGCAGCCCCCCCCCCCGGGGAGGAGAACACAAGGCAGCUACUGCUGCCCCUCCCGUCCCCAAAGCUCUUCAUCAGUCGUGUGACUUACGCCAGGGUCGUCUGCGGUUUUCACCCUGACUCCAUACAUGGCCUUAAUGUACUUUUUAAGGAAUUUGUGCUGGAACCACAAUGAACGGUAUUUGUGCUGCUUUUUGUAGAAUAAAUAAUUUGACACAGACAUAGAUACAAGCUCACACUCUAAAAUUACUUAGGAAAGAAUAUAGGAUGUUUACAAUGAAUCGUGUUGAAACCACAGACCUAGCAGACAUGUACUUUACUAUUAAGUUACAAUGCAAGGUUAGAGGCCAGGGAGCUUUAGUCUUCUUUGUCCUAGAUCUGUGUCCCGCUACAAAGAUACCGUGACCUGAAGGCACCAGCCCAGCUUCCCUGAGUGUUAACUGUGCCCUCCUCUGUGGGAGCUGAGGUUGCCAGUCACCGAGUCCUAAGCUGACUGCAUCCAUCCUGCGGAGCUAGCGACAGACUGACUUCUACGCCUGUUUAAAACUGCCCCGUGCCAAUGUUCGUUUAAUUUCCGUUCUCAGCAGGUAACCCCUGAAGUCGGGGAGAAGGGGCUCACCGUGUUACCCCAGCAGGCCUUGGACUUGCAGUCCCUCCUGCUUCUGCUCCGUCCAUCCUCCCGAUUCUAAAGCACUGGGCCUUUGCUCUUUCGUGGGUUGAAGAGCUUUGAUCUGAUUUAGAAAACAGUCCUCAAAGCAGAAGAUGAGUUGAGCUGUGUUUGUGGGCACAAGAUAGUGUGUGUGUGCGUGUGAACGUGUAUGCACGUGUGUGUACAUGUGCGUGCCCUCGAGUGCAUGUGCAUGUGUUUGUAUGCGUAUAAGCGAACGUGUGUGAGCGUGUAGGUAGGCCUGUGUUCCAGAAUGUGUAAACAUGUGUUUGAGCAUGUGUGAGUGUAUGUGUGCAUGUGUGAAAAGAGACAGACAGAUAGCAACGAGAGAGAACAACACAGAGAGACACAGAGAAACAACGUAAUUUCUUUUUCUACAAUAAGUAUCAUUUGAUGUAACACAGACCUAAGAAUUGGGAAGAGCAGGUGGCCCUGUGGCUCUGUAAGGCACUCUGCCCGUCAGUUUCCCUCUGAAGGAGAAGUUGUGGCCGACCUCAUUAGCAUCUCAUCGCGGGCUUCAUCGGCAGAGACCAUCUCAAACAUUUUUCUGAAACUCCGGAAUAUUCUGUGCACCGGACUGGCACCUGGCUAGUCAGUAGGAAGCCCUUUCAGAUCACUAGUACUUAGAAAACUGCAGUGCAAUCUUUAAGACCAUUGACUAUUUAAUAAUUUAAGCUGCUGAGGGAAUAAAGUUCACAUGGCAUUGAUCGUCAUGUUGAGUUUGUGUUGUGUAACUAACAGGUGGAUUGCUGUAUAUGGAGGAAGUAUUCUUACUCAGUCUUUACAAAGGCUGUGCUUUAGAGUUAUAUAUUUUUGCUCAUUUUUAAACUUCAUUCAAUUCUUCUGCCUUAUAAUCAAACUUUGAAGGCACAGUUUGAACUAACUUUGGGCCCUCUCCUUUAGAGAGUCACGUCAGAGUGAACACUGAUAAAAAAAAAAGCUUAAAGUUUAUGUUGAUGAAUAUGUAGUUGCAAUGAUUAUUUUAUGCUUUAAGAAAUUGAUACUACCUUUCAUAUUAUUAUAAAGUAUUUGUGAAUUUGGGUUUUGCAUUUGGGCUGUACGUUCUUUUGUUUUGAGACAGUCUUGCUCGGUAUCCCAGGUGAGGCUUAGACUGGAGAUGCACCUGCCUUAACCUACUGGGAAUCUUUAACUCACAAAAAGUGCAGAGUAAGCCCCAGUGUGAGCGCUGGCCAGCAGUCUCAGGCUGCUGUGCCAUGCAUUCCAAAGCACACGCAAAUGCGGACAGCAUGGUCUUGCUGUGGAUUAAAUGGAGUCCGGAGCCCCCAUCUGUAUUUUGUAGCGGGGCAGGGGGAGGGGGUGUGCAGAGUGACAUUUUAAGGCUGCACAGCUGCAGAGCGACCAGACUGUUCUAGACCAGUAGACUUUGUUCUGCACAGCUCUGCCCCACCCCCAAUGCACCAAGAACAUCCACCUAGGUACCCGAGAGGAAGAAGGCUGGAGAAAGUCCAGUCCAGUGUUACCAGUCUUUCAGACUGCUUGCAGGGACGCCUCCACCUCAUGUGUCUCGGUGGUCAGCACAACCAACUCUGAGCUAUUCAUGCUCCUAAGGUCAGAGAGACCUAAAUGAAAUAAUAAAUGCUUUAGCUUAUAAAAUAUUUUCCAUCUUAUAAUGAAGACUUUAGACUAAAGAACAGUGCCUCAUUUCUCUCUCUCUCUCUCUCUUUUUUUUUUUUUUUUGUCGUUGUUUUGUUUUGUUUUUGUUUUUCAAGACAGGGUCCUCUCUAUGUAGCCCUGGCUGUCCUGGUACUUUGCUUCGUAUACCAGGCUGCCUCAGACUCACAGAGAUCCCCCUGCCUCUGCCUCCUGAGUGCUGGGGUUAAAGGCGUGCGCCGCCACCUGGUGGUGCCUCAUUUCUUCUAAGCACCAACCCUCUUCCUCGACUUGUGGUGCCACAGGACAGUGGGCGGCUGAUGCUCAGCCUUUGUCAGACGCACGCAAUGGGCAAAUGAAUUGAAAAGGGAUACACACUACUUUAGAAAACAAUUGCAGAUCUUUGAAAGUCUUACAAGUUUUAUUUACCCAUAAGAUUUAUUAUCAGUCUUAGGUAAACUAACAGUAUUUUUAUACCACACAAAAUCCUACCUUUCCAAAACUCCCUUUCCACUAAUUUACCAGGCACAUUAUACACAUAGCUUUAAAAAAAUCAUAUUUUUUUAUUCUUGACCAUCCACCUUUUCCUGAAAUUUCCAGAGUUUCUUAGAAUCUAAUAAAAUAGAAACACAGGAAGUUCCUUUGUGGAGAUAUCAGACAACCUCACGCCAUAAACUGUUCAUGAUGAGGCCAAAUGAGUCCUUUCAAAGUCUCUCAGUGGUGGGGCGUCCCUUCCUUCCCUGUAUCUAGGUAUAAUUUACCCACUGAUGGUCUCUGGCACCUUGGAAUUAUUGUAAACCCAAGUCAGAAUAAAAUGUGAGAAGCCUGUU